GUCUCUUUAAGAGGCCCGGAAGCGGUUCCGUGCUGGGUGUUCACUGGUCUCGGGUUCCGAACAGACAGCGGAGCUCCCUCCCGGCGAUGAUAUCCCACCCUGUUAUCUGGGCUUUCCGCGUCAGUACGAGGUGCUGGCGACACCGAGCUGUCCUCAAAGCGGCUCUCGGGGCCUCGGACGUCGGCGUUUGGCGCUGGUACUCGACCCCAAUUCGUGGCGCUGUCGCGGGCAUGGAGGAGAUACUAGCGAGGGUCGUUGCACCUUUACCCACAUACGAAACGAGAGACAAGUCCCCUCCUCCUCCAGAAUCAAACAGCCUGGAGUUCAUGCACUUCUACAGCAGCCUCGACAAGGAAGACAAACUCGGCUUCCUGACGAAGCUGUCGCAAGACUUCGGAGUCGACCACAGAAGCGUUUCGGAGCUCGCCGUGAAGCUCUUGGACACUCAGCUCCGGGACGUGGCGACCAUUUUGCAGGUGGAAGACCGACUCCGUUACAGCCUGACUCCCCAUUAUAAACAGCUGCUGAAUCACAUCAGCAGGGUCGAGGGGGGAGUGAAGUUUCUGGUGGAUCUGCGAGCCGAUGUGCUUGAAAUAAUCUCAUCCAAAGCUAGCGAGAGCCCGCACAUCAGGGACCUGAAUGGCACUCUGAAGAGCUUGCUGUCUGAGUGGUUCUCGAUAGGUCUGCUCCGACUGGAGAGAAUCACCUGGCAGUCCCCCUGCGAGAUCCUGCAGAAGAUCAGCCAGUAUGAGGCAGUGCACCCUGUAAGGAACUGGACUGACCUGAAGCGCAGAGUGGGGCCGUACCGCCGUUGUUAUGCCUUUACCCACGCUGCCAUGCCAGGAGAACCCCUGGUUGUACUACACGUGGCUCUCACUGAGGACAUCUCUGAUAACAUUCAGAGUAUCGUCCGUGAGUUUGCCACUCUUGACUCUGAGGAGGAUGUGAAUAAGAUAAAUGCAGCCAUCUUCUAUUCCAUCUCCUCCACCCAGGCUGGCCUACAAGGGGUGGAGCUGGGCAACUAUCUCAUUAAGAGGGUGGUCAGAGAACUACAGAGUGAGUUCCCUCACAUGGCCCAGUUCUCCAGCCUGUCUCCAAUCCCAGGCUUCUCCUCCUGGCUCCAAGGCCUGCUCAGCCAGUACAGGAAAGAAGGCCGGGGCUCUGACCUCCUCUCUGAGCAGGAGUGGAAGGAGGUAGAACAGGCCACUGACUCAGCCACGGGGGCCCCAGCCACCGAGGCCCUCCGCAAGCUGAUCGGCACCAGCGAGUGGAUGCACUCUGAGCGGCUGUGCCGUGUCCUGGAGCCCGCCUUGAUGCGUCUCUGUGCCUGGUACCUCUACGGGGAAAAGAGGCGAGGCUACGCUCUCAACCCGGUGGCCAACUUUCAUCUGCAAAAUGGCGCCACCAUGUGGCGGCUCAACUGGCGCGCCGACACCAGCCCGAGAGGUGUGGCGAACUCCUGCGGCAUCAUGGUGAACUAUCGUUACUUCCUGACCGAGACGUCUAAAAACAGCGGACUUUACCUGCACAAUAAGGUCAUCACGACAUCAGAGCAGGUGCUGGGACUGGUGUCCCAAUUUCAGAAGAACAGCAAACUGUGAGAAAGAGACAAGGAUACACCCAUGAAUACACCUCUGCACUUGAUGUCACUAAUAUAUUGACUUGAAACUUGACAUUUAUUUAAUUUGCUUUCAGUAUGUGACAUGUUUCAUAUAAAUAAGAAGCUGCAUUGAAUGGACAUCAGCUGAAAUUGUUUUUUAAUUGAAAUGAGAACAUUUCUCACAUGAUGUUCUUCUGUAUGCUAGGUUAGGCUUUUUGCCUCAUUGGGUUUCUGGUUGAAGCUGUUUGAUAUUGUGUAAGUGAUUCCCAGGCUGAGAGACUGUAGCUAAUGAAGCACGAGGCAUCUAUCAAUGCUUUACCAUGUUCCUGGAUAACAGUGUGUGUAAUGGUGAAGCAGGAGCAACAGGGGAGUGCAGCUACUGGAGUAAAUGAUGUUUUAGGUUCUUUCAUUUGGCUGAACUGUCUCACUGCAGACAUGCUGAAUAUUGGAUUUCAUCUUUUAGUUUUUUUCUUGGUUCAGGUUUAUGCACACCUGCUGUUAAACUGAUUAUUCCCACUAAAGCGCAAUACACAAAGGCAUGAAAUCACUAACUGGAAAUAUUAUUUCAUAUUAAAUAACUGUAAACAAAA